UGUUUGCGAAAUUCUCUUAUUGAGAGACGCUGAAGAAUGUCAACCACUACCAACAACCUCCGCGUUGGCUUGAACAAGGGUUUCCCAACCACUCAGCUCCCAAAGCGUGUCAAGCCAUCACACAGAAAGGGUGCAAACUCUGAGCGUGGUCGCUUGGUAAAGGGUGUUGUUCGUGAAGUUGCUGGUUUCGCUCCAUACGAAAAGCGUGUCAUGGAGUUGAUCCGUAACUCAAAGGACAAGAAGGCUCGUAAGCUCACCAAGAAGCGUCUUGGCACUCUCCGUCGUGCUAAGGGCAAGGUUGAAGAGCUCUCAACUGUCAUCCAAGAAGCUCGUACCAAGGGUACCAACUAAACUAUUUCAAGAAUCAACCAGGCGUAGUGAAUGUACUCUUUACAUGCAUCUCUUAUGACGGAAA